GGAAACACGCAGCUGAAUCUUCAAAAUUACCUGUUGCAUUUAAUAGUUUAGACACAAAUUAUAUACCAUGUCAUUCCUGCGAAAAUCGGUGAACCUAAUGGGUUCUGUGGCUAGGCGCCAACAGCACCUGAAAGUGAUUGGAGGAGCGACAGCUGCUCGGGACUUCAGCUCAAAGCCAUCGGAUGAUUACGCCAAUUUUCCCGGCGCUAAGGCUCCGUUUGUCAGCAAGUUGAACCUCAUUCAACCGGAAGACUAUGCGCCAAUACCAAUUUACCGGGUGAUGGACCAGGAUGGUUAUAUAGCGGAUGAGAGCCAGGAUCCCCAGCUGGGCCGUGAGGUUGUGGAGAAAAUGUUUCGCGAUAUGGUGCUGCUGAACACCAUGGACAAAAUCCUGUACGAGUCCCAGCGACAGGGCAGAAUCUCAUUCUACAUGACCAAUUUCGGCGAGGAGGCUUCACACAUUGGCAGUGCCGCCGCCUUGGAGAUGCGGGAUCUCAUCUACGGCCAGUAUCGCGAAGCGGGUGUUCUGGUAUGGCGUGGCUUCCGUAUCGACCAGUUCAUCGAUCAGUGCUACGGCAACACGGACGACUUGGGUCGCGGCAAGCAGAUGCCCGUCCACUACGGCUCAAGGGAACUUAACUUUGUCACCAUCUCCAGUCCGCUUUCCACCCAAAUGCCCCAGGCCGUUGGUGCCGCCUACGCCAUGAAAUUGAGGCCAGACAACGAUGCCUGUGUGGUCUGUUACUUCGGUGAGGGAGCUGCUUCCGAGGGAGAUGCACAUGCCGCCUUCAACUUUGCUGCCACUUUGGGUUGUCCGACUAUACUCUUCUGUCGCAACAACGGCUUUGCCAUAUCCACACCAUCGCAUGAACAGUACAAGGGCGAUGGAAUCGCCGGUCGCGGACCUAUGGGCUAUGGAAUUACCACCAUUCGAGUGGAUGGCACAGACGUCUUCGCCGUCUAUAAUGCGAUGAAGGCUGCCAGGGAGUAUGUCCUCAAGGAGAACAAGCCGGUGGUGUUCGAGGCCUUGGCCUAUCGAGUGGGCCACCAUUCCACCUCAGAUGAUAGUACAGCCUACCGACCAGCGGAGGAGAUCGAGAUUUGGAACUCGGUGGAGCACCCAAUAUCCAAGCUAAAGCGCUACAUGGUGCACAAAGGCUGGUUCGACGAGACUGUCGAAAACGAAUACGUCAAGGACAUAAGGAAAAAGGUUUUGAAGCAGAUCGCAGUGUCCGAGAAGAAACUUAAGCCCAACUGGCGUGAGAUGUUCGAAGGCGUCUACGCGGAGAUGCCGGAUCAUUUGAUUGAGCAGCGUAGCGAGCUGGAAAAACAUAUCGAGGCCCACAAGGAGCACUAUCCCCUGAAGAACUUUGAGAAAUAGAUUCCAGAUAGGUGCCACAAAGAUGCUAACAACUCAGAAAUCAAAGCGAACCGAGAGACUCGAUCGAAAGUGCAUUUAUUAUGAUUAAGCAGUAGGCAAACAAUUUUUUGUGGGUUCAACCCGUUUGUUAUGACUCAUCUGUACAGGUGGGUCGGUGGAUAUGUGAAAUUAGACACUUAAGUUUGGGUUUUCUCUGACCUACGAAGAGAAUUAACUUGUUUCAUCCUAGGUCUUUAUUUGCACAUACAAAGUGACCCACUCUGGUGCAGGUGUUAUGAAAAGGUGUUAAAAUUUAUUAAAUUUGAUUUACAUACAAUAUACAUAUACUGAAACAAUA